UUUCACAAUGCUAUGUUCUAAGUCUCCUGAGACGGGUUGCACCAGUUGAGCGUAAAACAAUUGGUUUUAAAUGCAUGGUCGGGCGUAGCUACUGGUUUUGGAAUCAGAAUUUACACCUUUUACGCGAUGGCAGACAAGGAAGAGGACACAACCCGUGUCUGUGACCAGUGUCACAAGGAGGUGGCUGUGUCCAACUUUGCCUUGCACGAGUCCCACUGCCAGCGGUUCCUGUGCCUGUGUCCAGACUGUGAUGAGCCGGUUCCCAGACAGCUAUUGGAGCAGCAUCAUCAGGACCAGCACACCCAGGUGAAAUGCACCAAGUGCAACAAAAAGGUGGAGCGUUGCCAGCUACUGGACCAUGAGUCGGACGAGUGUAAGGCAAGGCUGCAGUGCUGUGAGUUCUGCCAGCUGGAGCUGCCGCUGUCGGCCAUGGCGGAGCACAGCGUGGCGUGUGGCAGUCGCACCGAGCGCUGCUCCGACUGCGGACGCUACGUCACUCUGAGGGACCAGCCGGAGCAUGCCCAGAUCUGCCCUGACCUCUAUGUUCCCGAUAACCCCUCCCCACCAUCCUCCAACGGCAGGCGAACAGCAGUGGUUUGCAGGAGCUGUAUGAGGUCUUUCCCAUUGGAGGAGAUGGCAGAACAUCAGCUGUGGUGUGUCCACACAUCAGAGGAGGCUGAACAGGAACAGCCCAGUCCUCGUUUGACCAAUUCUAUGAAGUCUGCAUUGUUCUCAGCCCAAGGCAGGAGGCAAGAGGGGAGAGAGGGGGAUAUUGACCAGAUCAGCACCUGUCCCCACUGUCACCUGGCUCUCCCCGUAGUCACACUACGAUGGCAUGAGAUUAAAUGUCAAAUCCAUGUCAACUUGAAAUGAGAAACAUGCUCAGAACUUGUGAAGGAACACUCCAUGGUGAAUUGGUGUAGUGGUUGACAAAUUAUUAAUAACACAAUGGACAAGGUUAGUCGUGAUUUAUUUGAGCAAAUCGCAAGUUAUUUUUUGCCCGAAAAUGUGUAUUUCAGAGGCAGUUGAGUUAUUUCUGGUGACUGGACGGGUUGGGGGUAACGGUAAGAGAUUAGGACUUAUUAAAUUAGUCAGGAUUCUUCUCUACAAGAGGAUAAGAGUCCUAUUCUAUGAUUGUUGUAUAAUACAUUGUUUACAACUGAAAUGCAGUAUGUUCUGAAAAUGGGAAUGUUUUCUCCGUCAUUGAACUCAUCAAAAGUUUUACAUUUUAAUAUUUGUUUACUAAUGUACAUAACUGAUUUACAAUCAAAUGUUUUGCUGUACACACACUUAAGGAUAUUAUAUUUUUUGUUAAUAAUGGAUCCAAAUACUGUGAGCCGUCCGGUUUUAUCUUCUCCUAUUGUGAUGUCACAAGGUGUCUCUUUGGUUUCAUGGUGACAACAAUAAAAGCUGUGAAGGUUCCAGA